AUUCUUCUCUUGGCGGUGGUGAGAGCAAAACCUCGGCUCUCAUUAAGAGAGACCUACAUAGAGAGCGAGAGACAGACAGACAGAGAGAGAGAGAGAGAGAGAGAGAUUGCGGAGUCCGAGAAGAAGCUGGAACUUGACUGUGGAAGCUCCUGCUCAGACCCGUCAUCCAUGCCGGAGCCGGGAGUGCGGCGGAGCCCGCAGGGAGUUCCAUACACCGAACUACCGCACUUCGUCAACGCUGACGGACUGCACCUGUUCUGCCGCUACUGGGAGCCCGCCAGUCCGCCAAGGGCCCUGGUGUUUAUUGUCCACGGAACCGCGGAGCACUGUGGGCCGUAUGAUGAGAUUGCACAGAGACUGAAGCAACUGUGCCUGCUGGUAUUUGCACACGACCACGUUGGCCAUGGUCAGAGUGAAGGAGAGAGGAUGGCCAUCAAAGACUUCCAGGUUUACAUCAGAGACUCCCUGCAGCACAUUGACUUGAUGAAAUCCCGCUACCCCAAUCUACCAGUCUUCAUCUUGGGUCACUCCAUGGGCGGUGCUGUCGCCAUCCUGACUGCCUGUGAGAGGCCCAAUGAUUUUGCUGGAGUGGCUCUUAUCGCACCACUGAUCAAAAUGAACCCAGAAUCAGCCACGCCGUUCAAGGUUUUUCUGGCGAAGGUCCUGAACCACAUGCUUCCCAGCCUCCCACUCGGCAGCAUCAAUUCCAAAUGGGUCUCAAGGGACAAGUCAAAGGUGGAGGCAUAUGACGCGGAUGAGCUGAACUUCCGUGGCGGGAUGCAGGUGUCGUUCGGCAUCCAGCUGAUGAGGGCUGUGGCUCGUAUCGAUAAGGAAAUCCCGUCCAUCAGCUGGCCCUUCUUCCUCUUGCACGGCGACGCCGACAAGCUCUGCGACGUCAGAGGCUCCAUGAUAAUGUUCGAGAAUGCUGUCAGCUCAGACAAGAAGAUCAAGAUCUAUGAGGGAGCGUACCAUGCCCUCCACCACGACCUCCCAGAGGUGGCCCAGUCUGUGCUGAAGGAGGUGACCGUCUGGAUCACAGAGCAUCUCCCGCAACGCUUUUAAAAUUGUUAACUUUUACAUUGGGGCUUUUAAACAGACCUGAAUUCCUCCGUAUACAAAAAUGUAGGCUACUGACGGCAAUCUCUGGGCAUAUAGUUGAAAUUAGAGAUUGCCAACCCCCUCUGUGUAGACUACCUGUCAAUCAGCCCACUCAUUUAAAGUGGAUCAUGGGUCCUGGAAACCACUUCGUGUUGUAGAUACUCAGUAGCGGUGUCAGUUUGCCUGCAAAACUUACAACUAUUAAUCUCAGCAUGGGGGAUUUGUUUUUUUUCAUCAUCUCCAUGAUCAUUCCUUUCAUUAUCUCCAGAGCAGUAGUGUGCAGACAUUUCAGGGUGCAAGGCUUACUUACACAUGUAUUUAUUUAAAUGAGCAUACACUCAGGCAGAUGUUUAGUAAGCCUAUUCAACAGUUUUCUAAAACAACUGAAAUGCAAUUGGACAUUUUCACACACCUUUUUAUUGAGAAUUGAUGCUGUAGGCCAUGUCAAAAAGUAAACAUCUAAAAUUAGAAAAGUAAAUUAAUAAAGAUGUAUUUUUUAAAAGGGCCCUUUACUUGGUCAGAGAGCAAAGGGGCAGGGGCUUAAGCACCACCUGGGUUCCAUCUGUGCACAUGCUUGCUCCAUGGUGAAGUGAUGUUUAAGCUACAGUUCAAAGUGCAAUAAUGAGGAUUUAUUUUGAACGUUGUUCCCUUUUGUUCAUCCUGCAUCUACAGACAGAUUAGCGGGCAGGAUCAAGGUUAGGAUUAACCCUCUGGUGGAGGUUAAUUACUUGAUAAAAAAUAGCUUCUCCUGCUGCAACACUAUCUUCAGAGUGUCAGUCAUAGACAAAAUCAGUGUAGUAGAAGAGACUUUAAUCUCAAACUUUCUUCAGUUUAAAGGUCCAGUGUGUAAGCGUUAGGGACAUCUAGUGGUGAGACCAUUGAUUGGAACAAAUGGAAGACAUUUCCACUCACCCAUACCUUUUCCAAGCUCAUCAGGGAACUACAGUAGCCUUCACAUGCCAGAGUGGACGUUGUUCUUUGACGUUUACUUAGAUGGUGACAUCUGUAAAGCAAAGCCCUUGCCUAAAGUGCAUACAAAGGCUUUUACUAACAAAACAUUUUUUUUUAUUUUAAAGCAAUUGAACACUGCCAAUAAACCCUCCCAAAUUGUACACACUGGACCUUUAAUAACCUAAAAAACGAGUGGCAUUGUCCGAAUGAUAAUAUUCAAUUUGCACAUUGUGUGUGCAACAAAAAUAUUCCGUUCUUUUGACAUCACACAAAGUGAGGAGAACUUCCCCCACCACCUUGACUGAAUGACCAGAGGACACAAUGGGCUUCUUGAGGAUUUUCGUAAUUGAGUGGAGACACACUAAACUAAGUUAAGCUGUUUAGUGUCUUCAUCUCUGCAGGUGGGAGUUAGCGGGAGAAAGCGAAGGUCAAGAGGCCACAGCUUUUCUUUCCCCCUCUCUCUGUGGCAUAUAACCUUUUUAGGUCACCAUUGACCUCACUGUUCAGGGUUGAGAGCGUGACUCCAUUAAUCUCAGGCUGCAGACUACAACACAGCUGGGACACAAGAGGGCUCAACGUUCCUCACAUAGCAUCUGUCUCUUGGUGGACACUUUUAACCAAUUCACUUCCACAUAAUAAGGCUGAUUGACCAUGUGUGUAUGUGUGUGUGUGUCUCAGAACAGCACCACAGUCGUCUUUUGUUUUGUCAAAGAGGAUGUUCGAGAGAAUAGAUUACAAAAGAGGAGGAAGUGGAAACAUUUGGCUUUGAAAUGCCCUUGAGUACUGCACCUAAACACGUUCUCAUCAUAAGUAAAUCAAGUAAUAAGACCUUUCAAUCUCACCUGCAGUAAGAGUGUUAAAGCUACAUUAAACCCUGGCUUCAAACAAAACGCAGCAAUAAUGUCACAGUAACCUAUAUAUUUUUUUGGUAGUUGUUUAGUUAUAAGCUAUACAGACACACUGAGCUUAUUGAGUCUAUUUAUCAAGUAUGACAGACUUUCAGCAGCUCUAGUCAAGAGUUUCAAAGUUUGUCCACAGCCAACGUCAAACACGAAAAAGAGAUAAAACAUUUCUUUUUUUAUCUGUGGCAAUUUAUGACACCGGAUGCUCUAAAUAUGUGUGUCCUAUAGAAAAUACAUCCAGUGUCCGAUUCAGGGGAACACAUUUAACUGUGUCACACUCGUGAUUUAGGUUUUUAUCACUGAGUUCAAAGGGACUCAUGUAGAGAGUGAAGGGGAGGCACAGUAUCCACGGUGACCAUUCCGCUCUGUAACCAUGACAGCUAACUGGCAUCGAAGGACAAUUUUUUUUAAAUUCCAUCUUAUAUGUGUCGUAACCAGGGUGAUCACGCUAAGACCUUUUUUUUUUAAGUUGCUGUUGUGAGCAGUACUCUUUGUUCUGUCCAUCUCAGAGGCCCUUGUCCUACAACAGAGCUUACACUGUAAGCCACCCACACUGUCCCUAGUGGCCAAUUAUCAGAACAGCUCAAAUUUUGUUUGCCUGUCGUUUUCCUGGUUCUUAAGGACUUUAGCGCCCACUAGUCGAAGAGGGGACACAUCACUUAACCCCGCCACUGACUCAGCUCAGUAAGCCGAGUUUUCAGUUUCAUGGCACAUCGAAUUAAAAAAAAAAAAAUGUUAAAAUGAAAAGCAGCACAUUCACAGAUGAUGAAAGGAACACACGAGGACGUAAGCUCCCUCUUCUCCUUUUUCUCGGGCAUUACAAGACAUUUUGACAGAUCAGGUCAUGCUGCCAUUGGUGCAGUACAGAUGGAUUCUUCACCCGCACUGAGAGUCACAGACACUUCAAACACAAUCUACGCCUGAUUGUACUGCGGCACGGCACAGCACGGCACAGCACAGCACAGUAUUCAUCUUUCUAAUAGCACCUCUGCUUUAACCUGGCAGGAGCCUAUAGAGCAGAAUAUUUCAAAAGUCCCACCUGUCAGACUGCACAAGUGCAUAUUACUUCCAUGGUUCGUGGUGGGGGUGGUGGAGAUGGAGUGAGAGGAGAUUAAAGAGAAAGACAAGAGGGAGGCCUUCAGUAACCAUGGUAGCAGCCCCCCCCCUCCAACACAAAAUUAACCUGUGAAAACCGUGUAUUUGUUAACGGUGCAGGAUGAACAGCAGACGCUGCUGCUGCUCUUGCUCGUGCUCUUCUUUCAGAGCUGGUUGUUCACUUGCUCCUCUCAGGAUUUUGCUUUUGUGUGAGCGUUGAGAUGAACAGCAUCUGCUCACAGUCAACAAUACAAGGUGCAGACACUCAACUGAAUUCAAAUGAGACCAGUUUGCGCUGUUUGCCAUGAGCACACGCUAUUUCCAAUCAGGCAAAGAAGCAUUUCUUUCGGAUUUUUAAGGCCACAUUUUUCGUUUCUAAUAACUUUAUUAUUAUUAUGAAGUAUUUUUGCCGACAUAGAUUCCUUGUCCUGAUUAAAAAGUGGUUGGGGAAGUCUUGGGAAAUUAGGAGGCCACCUGUUCACUUUAUUUCAUCUUGUAAAGCCAUGUAGUCCUCUGCAUGACUAUAUGUUUUCCUAUUGGCAUGAAUAUUCACACUUCAUUUGUGUGCAUGUUUGUCACAUGGAGUGAGAGCCAUGUGCAAAUGCAGUGCUCUUUAAUGUGUUUUGUUUUUUAGGACAGAAGGGCCUUUUUUGAUGUUUUUUGUUUUUAAAUUUUGACUUUAUGACUGUUUCUAAAUAGGGUCAGUAUAUAUGACGCAGGACUAUGGGUCACAGACCAGAGAUUGAAGUGCACUGGAAAGCUUCAUUGCAGAUGAUCACAUGAGUGAUGUCGGUGGUCACAUGAUCGGCAAGAAUUGGAAUUGAAGUCCUCUCUUAAGUGCUAUAAAUAAAUGUAUUAAUUAAAAACAUGAAUUCAUUCAAAAUGACCUACACUAAAGACCGAAAUGGUUUAAUUGCAUUUUUCGAAACAACCCCUAAUUCAAACCUUGCUUUUUUUUGUUGACUUUGUAAUUACUGGUCUGCUUUAUUACUGAACAUAAUUAUAAGACACUGUACAAUAGCAUAGCAUUCCUAAAAACACUUGAUGGAACUAUAAAGGUCUUUUAUUUAUCUUGUCGAAAGGAUGUAUAGGAAUUAUUUUAAGUAUAGGCGACUGUGGCACUUUUUAUACCAUAAACCAGACGCGUGUGUCGUUUUUACUGUUGUUCAGCCAUAUGAAGAUUCAUAACACUUUUUUAAAAAGAAAACUGGUUUCAGCUUGUACUCGUGUAUGAUCGGGAAUCCCACAAAUGAAUGACUAUGUUUCUGAUUAUGGUUUUGCAGAGAAAGAUAUUUUACUACUGUUUGUUUAAAGUCUCAUUGCAGUUUGUCAGUGAACAAUAAAUGUUGGAAAAAAAAAUAA